AUGGAUGUAUAUGGCAUGUCUAAAAAGUCUUCGCCGUCUCUUUGCUUAAAGCAUAUUAUUCUUCUUAAAACAGUGUUCAUGAUUACCAUGUCAUGUCUGCGUAUGCAUUUUCUCUUGGUACUCUUACUUUGUUGUGUCUUUUCUUCAAGUGUUCAUGUUGGACUUGCUGCUUGCCGCCCUGACCAGAUUCAAGCCCUAAUGCAGUUCAAGAAUGAGUUUGAUUCCCGCGAUUGCAACCAAACUGACUACUUCAAUGGAGUACGCUGCGAUAAUGUGACGGGCAUGGUCACAAAGCUACAGCUCCCACGUGGCUGUCUCAUUGGAAUCCUUAAUUCCAACAGUAGCCUCUUCGGGCUGCAUCAUCUCCGUUCGCUUGAUCUCUCUUUCAACAAUUUCAGUUCCUCUUCAAUCCCUUCCGAAUUUGGCUAUCUCAACAGAUUAGAGGUCUUGGCUCUUUCCACUAAUGGCUUCAUCGGUCAAGUCCCUUCCUCAAUUAGUAACCUAAGUUUGCUUUCUUUUUUAGACCUUACCUAUAACGAGCUCACCGGUAGUUUUCCACUUGUACAUAAUCUAACCAAGCUUUCUGUUUUAGGCCUUUCCCAUAAUCACAUAUCUGGAAACAUCCCUUCUUCUCUGCUUACACUGCCUUUCUUGUCAACACUUGAUUUGACAGAAAACCAUCUCACCGGUCCUAUUGACAUUCCAAACUCCUCUUUUUCAUCUAGGCUAGUGAGCCUACGCCUUGCGAAUAACCAAUUUGAAGCACAAAUCCUAGGGCCUAUCUCUAAAUAUAUCACCCUCAGAGAUCUUGAUCUUGCUUCCCUAAACAUAAGCCACCCAAUUGACUUAAGGCUCUUCUUCUCUCUCAAAUCUUUGUUGAACCUCCGCUUAUCCGGAAACCAGUUAUCACCUGCCAGUUUAGGCUCACAUCCAGACAUCCCUUUGAACUUGAACCUGGAAAAUCUGGCCUUGUCGGGCUGUGGCAUCAGUCAGUUCCCAAACUUCUUAAAGAGCCUUCGCAACUUGGAGCUUAUAGACAUUUCCCACAAUCGAAUCAAAGGGAAAGUCCCUGAGUGGUUUUGGAACCUUCCUCGUCUGAGCAUAGUGACUAUUUCCAAUAAUUCUUUCACAGGUUUUGAAGGUUCGGAGGAAGUUUUAGUGAAUUCACCAGUGAGGUUAUUAGAUUUGGCUUUAAACAAAUUUACAGGACUAUUUCCUAAACCACCACACGCUCUCAACCUCUUAUCUGCAUGGAACAAUAGCUUCACAGGGAACAUACCUCUUACAAUCUGCAACCGAAGCUCUCUUUCUGCUCUUGAUCUAUCUUACAACAACUUCACCGGUUCAAUUCCUCAAUGUCUGAGUAAAUUCCGAAACUCUCUCACUACUGUGAAUCUCCGAAAGAACAACUUGGAGGGAAAUCUUCCAGACAUAUUCUAUGAUGGUGCCUUGCUUCGGUCAUUGGAUGUUGGUUACAAUCGACUAACUGGGAAGCUUCCAAGGUCUCUUCUGAAUUGCACCUCUCUCAAGUUUCUAAAUGUUGACAACAACAGAAUCGAAGACACGUUUCCUUUCUGGCUCAAGGCUUUGCCUCAUUUGCAGGUCCUUACCCUGCGUUCAAACAAAUUCUAUGGCCCUAUAUCUCUUCCUGGUCAAGGUCCUCUUGCGUUCCCUGAGCUGCGCAUACUUGAAAUAUCAAAUAACAACUUUACAGGAAGCUUGCCACCAAAUUACUUCGUGAAUUGGAAAGCAUCAUCACUCCAGAUGAAUAAAGAUGGGAGAAUCUACAUGGGAGACUACAACAACCCUGAGUAUAACUAUGAAGAUACCACGGAUUUGCAAUACAAAGGUCUAUUCAUGGAGCACAAAAAGGUCCUUACUUUCUACAGCAACAUCGACUUUUCUGGAAACAGAUUCGAAGGACAGAUUCCUGAAUCUAUUGGUCUCUUGAAGGCACUGAUUGCAUUCAACUUAUCAAACAACGCUUUCACAGGCCAUAUUCCUCUGUCUUUGGAAAAUCUUAAAGCGCUCCAGUCACUAGACCUGUCAAGAGGGACUAUUCCUAAUGGACUCAAGACCCUCUCGUUUUUGGGGUACAUAAAUGUGUCUCAUAACCAACUCAAAGGUGAAAUACCACAAGGAGCACAAAUCACUGGACAACCUAAAUCCUCCUUUGAAGGGAAUGCAGGGCUUUGUGGUCUUCCUCUCGAACAAAGUUGCUUCAGGACUAACGCACCACCAAUACAACAACCAGAGCAAGAAGAAGAAGAAAUAUUGAACUGGAAAGCAGUGGUGAUAGGAUGUGUGCCUGGACUGUUGUUUGGAUUGACAUUAGGACAUGUUAUAGGUUUAUACAAGCCGGAGUGGCUCGUGAAGAUAAUAGGUCCGGAUAAGCGAAGAAACCAUUAGGAUUGUUUCUGGUUUUGUGUUGUUCUUUGAAUAUCUGUCAUUCUUUUGUAAUCAAGCAUAUCAUAUAUAUCAAAGAUACUCUCUUCACCAGCUUUUCCUAUUUCA